AUGCUGCUGUGCGUCCGGCGGUCGUUGCCACGCGGCGCGUCGGACGGUGGGACAUGUCUCAGAUGCAGCAGCGUAUCUGAGUGGGGACAGGAUCAAGACGAUGGACGGGACGUGAAGUGGCAGCAGAUGGACGUUGCUGACACGGACACAGAUCCGUCUACGGGGACGUUGCGGGCAGCGUACGCGUACCGCCGAAGUGAAGAGGUACAAGAGACGAAGCGACAGCUUAAUGGGUACAACAAGCGCUAG